AUGUCGCCUUGCUUCAACGAGCGAGUCUCAGCCACGGUAUGGAACGAAGCUCUACAACAGUCGAAAAAUAUGAUCGAGCGUUGGCUCUCAUCACCCGGCGGAAGGACGAGCAGCAUGAUCAAAGAUACCAGCACACUGGCGCUCAACGUCAUAUCUUCAGUCGCUUUCGAGAAUACGGAAGUUAAUGAACCGACACCAGGUCACCAACUGUCACUUCGCGAUGCACUAGUGACGGUUAUGAGUACUUCAAUCUCACCGGCUAUAGAUGGUAUCAUGCCACUCUUCAAAUCCCCCGCAUUCGAAUCGCUGCUUCCGACUAGUACUAAGAGACUGCUACUCGCCAUGCGUGAGUUUCGGCAGUACAUGGACGAAACUGUCGUAAGAGAGCGAUCAAAAGUGGUCAGCGGGCAACCCAAAGCUGCUACACUCAUCAGUACGCUGAUCAGGGCCACCGAUACAACCAACACUAGAAGUGGGGGUUCGAAAGCUAAACUAUCCGACGCUGAGUUAAGAGGCAAUGUCUUUAUUUUCACAGUUGGUGGACUGGAGUCUACUUCAAUCACACUAUCAUACGCAUUGGCUUUACUGGCUGUGCACCCUGAGGUCCAAGACUGGGUAGUGGAGGAGCUGGAUGAAGUUCUGAAAAACGAAGCAACUGACGACCCGGAGUAUGCAAGAAUGUUCCCGCGACUGAAGAGGGUAAUCGCUGUCAUGGUACGGCUUUUCACUCUUAUCUUCACCCGUUAUUUGCUGUUACGCGCCGGAUGA